AUGUUACUUUUACUGUUUGUAUUACUUAAUAAUAUCAUAUGCCCAACAUUUGCUAUAUAUCCAGAUGAUGAUUGCAAUAAGUGUAAACAUGCUGCAAAAAGUUUUAUCUUAGGAUUUCACAAAUCAGCUGGCAAAAAUUUUGGAGGAGGGAAUUCUUUGUGGGAAGAAAAGCACUUAGGGAGCUAUUCUGUUAGCGAAGUGCGCUACCACGAUAUUGUUGAAGGGAUCUGUAGUGAUGUCAAGCAAGCAGUUAAAUGUCAUGAGUUUUUAGAAAGUAUUGAGCAUCAUUUAGAAGAUUGGUGGCUUAGGGAAUACAGGAUUGAUUCUAAUAAAGUACAAGGGUUUGAGGAAGAUUUAUGCGUCACUCGGACCAAGUUUUGCUGUCCUGCCAACUCCUUUGGGAAUUCUUGUCUUCCAUGUCAACCAUGUUACUUUUUUGGUGGCAGGUGUGAUGGUAAUGGGACACGUUCUGGAACAGGUAAUUGUAUUUGCAACGACGGAUAUACAGGAGAGUUAUGCGACAAGUGCACCUUUGAAACUCAUUUCCAGUCCCACAGUGACUUCCCAAUAUCAUGCACACGAUGUCAUUUGUCGUGCUCCGGUGGUUGUUCUGGUCCAUUUCCUGAAAACUGUUCUGCGUGUGCCGCUGGAUGGAUCAAAGUAGACUUCGGUGAUCAACGAGGAUGUGUUGAUAUAAAUGAAUGUAUUGAUAGUCCUUGCAACAGGUCUACACAUUUUUGCUUAAACAAACCUGGUUCUUACGAAUGUGUUCCCUGUCAUCCUGCUUGUAACAAAUGUUCUGGUUCGACUGCGAACGAUUGUGAAUCUUGUGCAAGCGGUUACCAAAGAGGAAACGGAGACGUAUGUGAAGAUAUAAACGAAUGUAAUGCUGACAGCAAUAUUUGUAGUAGCGAAGGAGAAAGUUGCACGAACACAGUUGGUAGUUUUAAAUGUGAUUGCAAGAGUGGAUAUAAGCGGACUAGUAGUGGGUGCGUGUUGGAUGUAAAGCCAAGAAAAGGUUCGCAAACAUCUGGUAAGUUUGAAUCACAGUCAACAGUUCAUAACAUUAACUCACGCAAUCGUAACACGCAAAGAAUAAUAUGGACUGUAACUUAUACGAAAGAAUUCCUCAAAUACUCUGCUUCUCUAGCUGCAUUUGGCACCUUUUGCUGGUUUGCUAAGGGACACCCUUUCGCAAUUCUGUUUGCGUCACUACUAAUCGGCUCAUUUGUGUAUUUUCAGAGCAUUAACUUUGAUUUCGUAUUUGCUAACCAGAAAUAG